AAAUUUAUACUGAAAUCAUGUAUUGAUCAAUUCCUUAUUUCUCAUAAUUUAUUUUAAAAUAAUUAUUGAUUUUUAUUUUAAGGUACAACAGGGCACAGGCCAACUAUUUGAAUAUCUUAAAUAUAAUUUAAAUAAUAAUUUUGAAAAAUUAAAAAAAAAAAACACAUUAAAAUUAGCCAAAGUAAAUAGAAUCUAGACACAUAACAUGGGUACAAUCUCUAUAUAAAUAUAGUUGUCGUUUCCCAACAUUUUUUAUAUUUCCAAGUUAAAACCCUAAUUAAUCUCAUCAUCAUGCCCACUCAAAUCUUAGUAUCAUCAUCUUCAAAUGACAACCCAAAUAUAAUUGUUCGUCCUACAAAAAAAUUCCACCCAAAUAUUUGGGGAGAACGAUUCUUACAUUACAACAUUUCACAACAAGAUUUGUAUUGUCAACAACAAAAGGUUGAGGAAUUAAAAGAAGUGAUUAGAAGAGAAAUAUUUGGAGAUUAUUAUUAUGAUGCUUGGAAAAAUCAAUUGAAGAUAAUUGAUGUGGUAGAACGUUUGGGAUUGUCUUAUCAUUUUGAAACUGAAAUAGAAAAUAAGCUUCAAUGCAUUUACAACAAAAUUAAUAUUGAUGAUGAAGAUUUACACCAUGUUUCUAUUCGAUUUAGACUUCUACGACAACAUGGAUUUACAAUUUCUUCUGAUAUAUUUGAAAAAUUCAAAGAUGAGGAUGGGAACUUUAAAAAAUGCUUGGUAAGUGAUACCCUUGGUUUGCUUAGCUUAUAUGAAGCCUCACAUUUGAGUUGUGUUGGAGAAAAUAUACUUGAUGAAGCACUUGCUUUCACAACAACACACCUAAAUGAGUUUUUGGUGAAGAAAAAAGAACACCAUGAAGACGAUGAUCCAUUAUCGAAAGAAAUAUCUCGAGCCCUAGAGAGGCCCUUAAGAAAGACCCUAGUAAAUCUUCAUGCAAGGCAUUUCAUUUCGAUAUAUGAAAAAGAUGCCUCACAUAACAAAGUAUUGUUACAACUUGCAAAGUUAGAUUUCAAUCUAUUACAAUGCAUGCAUAAAAAGGAACUUAGUGAAGUCAGCAGGUGGUGGAAAGAAUCAGAUUUUGUACACAAAUUUCCAUUUGCAAGAGAUAGGAUUGUGGAAUUGUACCUUUGGAUAUUAGGAGUUUAUUAUGAACCCCAAUAUUGUUUGGCAAGAAAUAUUUUACUCAAAAUCAUAGCUUUGGCCUCAAUUGCUGAUGAUAUUUAUGAUGCAUAUGGUACACUUGAAGAACUUGAGCUCCUAACUCAUGCAAUUGAAAGGUGGGAUAUAAAUUGUGUGGAUACACUGAAUCAAGAAUAUAUGCAAACAUUUUAUAAAGAUGUUUUGAAUUGUUACGAAGAGUUUGAGCAAGUGCUAGAAAAAGAAGAACAAUACAAAGUUCAUUAUGCAAAAGCAGCGUUUAAGGGAUUAGUCCGAUCUCAUUUGGAUGAAGCUCGAUGUUUGCAUAGAGGACUCAUCCCAAGUUUUGAAGAGUACUUGAAAUUUGCUUUGGGUAAUUGUGGUUACUACAUGUUGAUACUAAGCUCUUUGGUUGGAAUGAAAACUAAUAUUGUAACAAAAGAAGUUUUUGAGUGGCUCUCGAAAGAUCGAAAGAUUAUUAGAGCAUCUGUUACUAUUUGUAGGCUCAUGGAUGACAUAGCUGAACACAAGUUUGAGGAAGAUGAUUAUGAGGAACAUUCAGCAGUAGAAUGCUAUAUGAUUGAACAUGGCGUUUGUGAAGAGGAAGCCUAUGAUGAACUGAAUAAGCUAAUAAUGAAUGCAUGGAAAGAAAUAAAUGAAGAGUUUGUGAUGCCAACUGAAGUAGCUUCACCUAUAUUACUUCGUGCUCUUAACUUUUGUAGGGUUAUGGAUCUUAUUUUCAAAUUUGGAGAUGGUUAUACACACGUUGGAAAAGUCACCAAAGAUAUUGUUGCUGCUUUGCUUAUUCAUCCAAUUCCAUUAUUAGUAGUUAGUUAGUUGGUUGUUACUGUUAACCAACUAACUCUGU